CUCCCUGUUAUGACGUGUGCGACUGUACGUCUGGACGUGGCAUUGUGGUAGCCUGACGCUCGGCGGCGGUGUGGUUGUGAUUUUGGGUGUACGAGACAGAGCGGGCUCUGAAUAUGGCGGACGGGGAGGCCGAGCGGGAUAAUGGCCCCCCUGGCCCGGACAUAAUCGUCGAAAUGCCUCAUCUAGAGAACAGUUUGCGGGAGCUGGAGCGCCUGCUGCAGGAAGAGAGUGCGAAAGGGGAGGCUGUGCAAGCUUCGAGCGAAUUCUGCCAACGGUUCUGUCAGACCCUCUUUGAGUAUGCUGAAAAAUGGAAGGCACCUGAAGACUCUCUCUCUCUUCUGGAAGUCUAUACUGUGGCAAUCCAAAGCUACUCUAAAGCACGAUCAUACCUUACCUCAGAGUGUGAGAACGUAGCUUUGGUUCUGGAGAGACUAGCUUUGAGCUGUGUUCAACUUUUAUUGUGCUUGCCACAUGAAUUACCUGAUGAUCAUUGGGAGAAAUUUCAGUGCUCAAUAAAGGUUGCUCAUAUGCUGUUGACUGAAAAUGGUAGCCAUGAGCUCUCCAUUCUGUACAGUCUUUCUCAAGAAAGUGGAGUGUGGAAGAAUCCAGUACUUACAAAUAUUAUUAACCUAGAGCCACUGGAUCAGUAUCAAGUAGUUGACCAGUUCCUGAUGUCGGAAGGUCCAAUCCUGUUGGAAAUGCGAAUUAAGCAACUCCUCAAGCUCAGUAAAGUGGCGGCUGCAACUGUUUUGGCGAAACUGUGUUCAGACCACCUUGAAAUGAGCAAAAAAGGCAACUUUACACAACUCUACCUGACUUGUCUUUGUGCGGCUUCACCAAAUAUUAAGCUUAUAGAGGAAAUUGCCAAAGUAGAUUGCAAGGAUGCACUUGACAUGAUUUGCAAUCUAGAGUCUGAAGGAGAUGAGAAAACCUCACUGAUUCUUUGUGCAGCUUUUCUGUCUCGUCAGCUGCAGUUUGGGGAAAUGUACUGUGCAUGGGAACUGACACUUUUUUGGAGCAAGUUACAAAGGAGAGUGGAUCCAUCAAUACAGAUAUAUCUUGAGAGAUGCCGCCAGCUAUCUCAAUUGACAAAAACCGUAUAUCACAUUUUCUUUCUGAUCAAAGUCAUUCAGUCAGAGACUGAAGGUGCGGGACUUCCAACUUGUAUUGAGUUGUGUGUUCGAGCUCUACGUUUGGAAUCAAGUGAAAAUGCCAAAGUAAAAAUCUCUAUCUGCAAGACUAUCUCAUGUUUAUUGCCCGAAGACUUGGAGGUUAAGAGAGCUUGUCAGCUUACCGAAUUUCUCCUUGAGCCUACGGUUGAUGCAUAUUAUGCUGUUGAAAUGCUGUACAAUCAGCCUGACCAAAAGUAUGAUGAGGAGUCUCUUCCGGUACCAAAUUCAUUACGCUGCGAGUUGUUGCUCGUGUUAAAAACUCGAUGGCCCUUUGAUCCUGAAUUCUGGGACUGGAAAACACUAAAGCGCCAGUGUCUUGCAUUAAUGGGAGCAGAGGCAUCUAUUGUGUCUUCAAUUGAUGAGCUUAAUGAUAAUGAAGCAUAUGAUCAGACAGAUGACUACCAAGAAGUGACCAAAAUCUCCUCUCUAAAUGGGUUUGAUUGCUUUGAUAAUGUUAAUGUUAACAAUGUAGAAGAAGAAGAAGAAGAAAAGCAAAAAAAGAAAAACAUAAAAAAAAUGAGAGAACGUGGAUACAUAUCUGAAAGGUUUAGGAACUGGCAAGCAUACAUGCAGUACUGUGUACUAUGUGACAAAGAGUUCCUCGGCCACAGAAUAGUGCGCCAUGCACAAAAGCAUUUCAAAGAUGGCAUUUACAGCUGUCCAAUAUGUGCACAACAGUACAGCAGUAAGGAGAACUUUGUUCCACAUGUCACGUUCCAUGUUAAACAGUCUUGCAAGGAAAGGUUAGAAACAAUGAAACCCUUGAGAAGGCUUCCAAAACUGCCUAAAAAAGCACCAACUUGUAAGAGUAAAAAGCCUGUAGCAGUUUCUAAACAGGAACGGCCAAUUAAGAAGAACAGUCUUUAUUUAGAUGAUUUUAUCGUAUUUAAUGACAAUGACAAAUCAGAUGAUGAUGAAAAAGACAACCAAUCUGAUAUUCCCCCCAAGGAAGAGCAGACACUUGUUAAUGAAUUUGCCUGUCCUGUACCUCUAUGCAAAAAAGGGUUUAAGUAUUUUAAAAACUUAAUUGCACAUGUAAGGGGACACAAGGGUGAAGAGGAAGCAAAACGUUUUCUUGAGAUUCAAAGCAAAAAAGUUGUUUGUCAGUAUUGCCGACGACAGUUUGUUAGUCUCGCUCACUUAAACGAUCACUUACAAAUGCACUGUGGAGACCAACCAUAUAUAUGCAUACAAAUGAAGUGCAAAGCAAGUUUUGAAACCUAUGCUGACCUGUUGAGUCACAGGAAGGAACACAGAGUAUUCAGAGCAAGGUGCAUGUUUCCUAAGUGUGGGAGAAUAUUCUCUGCUGCUUACAUGCUUUUUGACCAUGAAGCACAACACUAUAACACUUUUACUUGCAAAUAUGUUGGCUGUGGAAAAGUAUAUCAUUCUCAGCUUCAGUUAGAAAGGCACUUAAGUGAGCAUGUACAAGAAGAAACUCUACAGGAGAGCAAAUCUAACAUGGCUCCUCAACAAACUGAGAUUUCAGGAACAGAACAUGUUAUGGAUAACCGGCAACCAAAACCAGACUGUCCUGUUGUUAGUAAUAUUAAUGCAGCAUCAAUAAGUUCAGUAAAUGAACCAGCAGAAAAUUUGAACUUUUCUUCAGCAAUCCUGCACCAAAAAGAAGAAUCAAUAGUUUCAAAUGGAAUACCACAGGCAGCACAAUUGCUUAAUCAUCAUCUUCCUCCUACCAGUGAAGUUCUUCCUUUUGUGUCAUUGCUAAACCAGGUGUUGCCAUCAUCUUCAACUGUACUAAACCAGAACCCACCAGCAGAGGCAGAUAUUUUAAAUCCUUCUGAUUUGUCAGUACACCCAAGUAGCAAUAUCAAAUUGCCAUCCGUUCCUGAUGGGUGCCCUGAAAUGCUGCUCAGUCAGAGAAAAUUACUAGCGCCAGAUAAUACAAGCAAUCAAAAUAAACAAUUAACACGUUUGCAUUUUGAGGAGCCUUGUCUUCCAGUUUUUGAAGAUUGCAAAACAUCCUACCCUAUUGGAUUAAACAAAGAUCAUGUCAGCUCUGCUAAUGCUGUUGAAAAUAAAAUGGAAAUGUUAUCUGCAACUUCUGUGGAAAGGCAGGUUAGCAGUUUAAUGCCUUUUGAAGCAAACAACCAAACCUCUCAGUUGUGUGAAAAUAAUUUAGAUAUGUCUGGGUAUGAUGAAAAUACUAAACCAGAACAUACUUUAUCAUUGUCACUUGAAACAAGCAGUAUGCUUGCAAAUGUUUUGCCUUCUGUUAAUAACACUGUUCCUGUGCAAACAUCACCUGCACAAAAAUUUAAAUGCAAUGUGGAGGGAUGUACAAGGGUUUACAACUCGGUCCAAAGUAUAGGCAAACACAUGAAGACAGCCCAUCCUGAUCACUAUGAUGCCUUUAAAAUGGAACGCAAGAACAGAAAAAAAUUGAAAUGUGCAAAUCCAGUACUGCCUUCCUUGGAGGACAAACCGACAUAUUGUAUAUUGCCAGAUAAAGGUUGCAGUAAUCCAGUUUUUCAGCCCCAGGUACACAGUGGCCCAAAUCCUAGUUUUUGCAAUCAGUUACAACACAUUCCAUCACAUCCAGUUAUUCCACCCCACCUUGAUAAUCUAAACCCAAUUCUUAGUUCGGUUGAAAGCAUCAUAUCUCAGAGUUUGUCAAAAAAUGUGGCUGAUUCUCUACUGGGAUCUGAUGUUGGAAACUUAACUAGCACCGCCCUGACAUCACAACUUGAGGAUCUUGCAAAAGUUGUUUUACCUUUAAAAUUUGAAAAUGGUUCUGACCCAUUUCUUCCAAUGCCAACUGAAAAUGAUCCUUUACCAGUCAUGUCUUCUCUGAGUGGGGCUACAGUCUUUACACAGCUAGGGGGCAGCACAAAUCAUGACCAUGUAUUAUCUGGUGGGGAAUCUGGCAAUUCUGUAUUUCUGAAAGAGGAACCUGAUGCAGAGUCGUCAUUUUCAAAGCAGACUGACAAUGCAGAUAUUGAUGCAAGCUUUAACUUGGAUAAAUCAGCCACAAUGCUUUCUAAUACUAUUGAGAAUAAAAACGGUAAUGAACGAACAUCAAAAACUAAAGAGAGAAAGCCAAGGCACAGUUCUCGUCCAAAAUGCCCUGCAAUAAUUAGAGAUGGUAAAUUUAUUUGCAGCAGGUGUUUUAGAGCCUUUACUAACCCAAGGUCACUUGGUGGCCACUUGUCUAAACGAGCUGUUUGCAAACCUCACAAUGAAUAUGACAGUUCCCAAGUGAUUCCACAGAUAGAUGGUCAAGUCAGUGUGUUGGCCAGUAUGAUACUGUCAUCUAGUCCAAAACACAACUUACAAUCACCCACUCAGUCAUAUAGCCCUGAAGUGUCUAUCAAAGAAGAGCCUUUUCUUCCAACAAUUUCUUCCAGCAACCAUACUGCUCAGUUUUUCUCCUCCUGUGCAACACGUGAUUUGAAUGAAACCAGGAAGAUAAUGGAAACUCCACAAAUUGUAGAGAACAGACCAUUAUCCCUGAAUGUGACUUCAGAUGGAUCUCUGAAUGCAAGUAGUGAUAAAACCCCACUUAAUGCAUUUAGGCCACAGAUAUCACCAACUAGUACCAAGAUGGAAGAAAGCCGCAAGAUUCUACAUUCUGAUUUAAAUAACUGCAAUAAAGUAGCUACAGUGACUGAAGGGAGUAUUUUACAGAAUGUUGAAAAUGGUUUGUGCUCAAAUGCCUCAUUGAAUACCGGUAAUGAAAAUGGUUGCUUGUCAACCCCUGUAAGCAGCACUAGAGUGUCUGUUAUCAGUGGGCCACAAAAUUCUUCCUUAACUGCAACCAAGAAAAAGGGUGGGGGUACUAGGAAGAAGAAGAAAAAUGCUGAUGUUCCACCUGAAAUCAGUGCUUCACAUGAACUAGCAAAAAAUCUUUUAGCAGCGGUUGGAGGCAUGCCACAAAAUGUUGGGGGUAGCAUGCAGAUGUCAACUGAAAUACAACCAAAUCUUUUGUCUUAUAGCUCAGAACUAAUUGAAAACAUUGCAAAGCAUUUAAACAACACAGACAAACAGUUGUUCUUAUCCUGUAUAAAUGAUACGGUUAAAGCACAUUCUGAUGCAAAUACAAUUUCUCAAACUCCUGAUAAACCAGAAAAAUUUGAUUCUGUGGUCAUGUCUACUUUUACCUCUAACAGUAAAGAGCUUUCUGAAGUACAAAUACAGACAAACUUAACCAGGAGUCAUCUGGAAGGUCUGAAUUCUCAAGAAGCUGAAGUAUUUGCACUUAAUGGUAACAGAGAAAACUCUUGCUUUUCAUUACCACACAGCCAAAAUACUGUAAACCAAGACCUAGACAUUCUAUCAAGAGAUGUUCAGAAUAUUAUUUCUGCCACAGAUGAUACUGGUCCAAAUUGCACACUCAACAUCCCCAUAUGUUCUGCCUCCCCUACACAAGAAACUGAUCCUAUGCCUGAUGCGCACAUAUUAGAAAUCAUGGAUUUGGUACAGAAACUUCAGUUAGUCGACAAUGUAAUAUUUGAGAACACUGGAAUUGAUUCAGUCCCUAGAUGUCCUUCUGAAUAUAUGCCUGUAACUUCUAGCGUAAUUGUUCCUAAUCCAAGUUUAAAUGUUGUAGAAGAGGAGUCGGAUAUGUCUAAAUCUUUAAUUGACAAAUGUAAUGCAAAACCUUUUAUUUGCCAGGAGACAGACUGCUCAUAUUGUGCAAUGACGAAGGAUGCUUUGUUUAAGCACUACGCUAAAGUACAUUACUAUACACAAGAAAAGAUUAUGGAAAUAAAGAAACAUCAGCUAAAAUUUGCUCCAUUCAGAUGUGUUGUACCCUCAUGUACAAAAACUUUUACCAGAAAUUCAAAUCUUCGAGCACAUUGUCAGACCAUGCAUAACUUUACAGCAGAACAAAUGGUUAAGUUAAAAAUUAAGAGAGCAUAUGGUAGAAAAUCUGGUGAUCUUACAUGUGCCAGUAUCCAGGAAUUGCCUCAUUCAGUUCAAGAAAUGGAACAUAGUAUAGACGAACCAGCCCUGGUUCCUCAAGAGGUUCCUAAAAAGAAUCAAGAAACUCCAACAGUGGAACGAGUAGAAGCUCAGAAAGAGCAGGAACCCGCAGCUCCUCAAAUUCUUAGUAAACCAGCUUCACACGUCCUCCAGGCUUUAAGCCAGAAAUGUAAGAAGGGCUCUAAAGUACGAAGGAAGAUAAAAGAAAAAGAACUGAUAGAGGAGGUCCAAAAAGAUGACAUGUCUGCUGUUCAGGGAUUUAAUUCAUAUAAACCAUACCAGUGUGUUCAUCAAGGUUGCACAGCAGCUUUUACUAUACAACAAAACUUAAUGCUUCAUUAUCAAGCAGUUCACAAGUCUGUUUCAAUGUUCUCCCUUGAAGAUGGUGAAGAAUGUGAAAAUGGCUUCUCUCUAAAAGAGUUCAGGUGUAUGGAAACGGACUGUUCUAGAAUAUUUCAGGAAGUUGGUGGUCUUAUACAACACUACGUGAAACUUCAUGAGAUGAUAGCAGAGGAGAUUGAAAAUGUACUUUCUUUAAUAAAUAUUGGACAAUUUAAAUGUGAUCAGCUUAACUGUGCUUCGUUGUUUAAUAGUUGCACCAGCUACAUUGAGCAUCUUGAAGAAGUCCAUGAAAUAAAAAUGAGGCAUAUUAAAAUGGAAGGAGAGGAAAUGUACAAAUGUGAUUGUGAAGGUUGCGACCGUGUUUAUGCUACAAGAUCCAAUUUGUUAAGGCAUAUUUUUAACAAGCACAAUGACAAACAUAAAGAGCAUCUAAUUAGGCCGAGAAAAAUUAGUCUCAGUGAUCAAGACACUACAGAUGAAAAAUCUGUAAAAGAAAAACCUAGAGUGCCUAAGCAGAAGUGCGAAACGGAAGGUAAUGAUGACCUGAAAACGAAACGCUCCAAAGGAUGUUUGGUUGACAGAGAUCUUAAAACUGGACAAGGACAGCUAAACCAAGAACCGUUAACUUUAAAAUAUGGCAGACAUACAUAUUCUUUAAAACCGAAAGUUACUGCAUUUGUAGAAUGUACCGAUAAUCAUGCAAAGCAAUAUCCCUGCAUGGUACGUGGAUGCACGUCUGUUGUUACUAGUGAACGCAGUAUCAUCAGGCAUUAUAAAUGUCAUAAACUAUCAAGGGCUUUUAUUUUAAAACACAGAAAUUUGCUAAUAGUAUGUAAAAGACGUGCCCGCACUAAAGACAAAGAGGAAUCUGCAACUCUUAAUGCUGAAGAAGAUCCUAAAACUGACAUAACCAUCUCUUCGCAUAAAGAAUUAGUACCUAGCCUGCCUGAGUUUGACGAAUCUAGCUUAUCUACAUCUCAGCCAAGUGAAAAUGAAAAAGAUGAGAUGGAUGAACUUGCAGAACUUUUCAUCUCAAAGUUAAGCAAUGAAGAUAGCACAGGUUCUGACAGCCAAGCAAGGACUUCAUCCUUUGUAAGCAGUGAUUUUCAUGAGACUAGUUCUUGUCAGUCAGAACCGCAAAAGGAAACAAGUAAUCUAAAAAGAACCAGUAAGCAAAAGCAUGUCAUAAAUCGAAAAAGAAAAGUGGGUAAGUCUGACAUACAGUCAGCUGAAACAAGUAGCACAGUCAGUGGUGAGGAGACGGUUGCUAUCUUGCCUACUACAGAGGAGGAUUCACCUUCAUUUGACUUAAGUUCAUUUAAACCUAUGGGAUUUGAAGUAUCAUUCCUUAAAUUCCUGGAGGCAUCUGCUACCCAGGAAGACGAAAGUGUGGAUUUAGAAGAUUUUAAAGGAAAAAGCAAUGCUGAACUGCACCCCAAAAAAAUGCGGUUAUCUGUUGAUGAGGAAGAGUUAUCUUUGGAGAGUUCAGAGAGUGACCUUUACUUAUUAUUUUCUAAUCCUUUCCACUUUCCAGACAUGGACAAUAUAAAAAUAGUUUUAGAUCAGAAAUUCAAUGACUAUAUUGACCUUGUUGGAAAGCAGCUUAAUGAGCUGAAACCUGUUGUGAUUCUUAGAAGACAUGAAAUGUUGAGGAAUGAAUCGACUAGCACAUGCAAAGAAAAUGGUUUAUCUGUGGCUGAGGAAGCUACAGCAUAGAAAGUUUCAGAAUCCUAAAGCAUGCAAGUUAAUGUACUUUUUAUUUUUAAUUCAACUUUUUUUUUUUUUUUCUAGGGGAGUUAUCUUGGCCAAAAAAAUCAUGGCACAAGUCAUGCAAUGUUUUUACUCCAUUUUAUCCCUAUGGGACUUAAGUAAUGGGAUUGUUUUAUUAAGUUGUGUAAAUAUUGUUUUAAAACCUCAAUAUUUCUAUUGAUAAAUUGUCCUUUCACAAAUCUAACAAUUUGUGUAUUGUCUAUGAUUAGUUAUGCUCACAAGUUCACUGCUUUUGUGCAAGUGGAUACUUGUGUAUGGCAUUUUUUAUGUAAAUAUCACUGUAACACAUUUGCUGCCUAAGUAUAAACUAUUAAAUGACACAUUUAUAUACUGA